GAGUGGUCUGAAAUCUCACGAUCAUCAUAUAUUGAUUCAACAUAUUCUACCAGUGAGUAUCCGUUCUGUGUUGCCAAAGAAAGUUAGAUAUGCAAUUACGAGAUUGUGUUUGUUCUUCAAAUCUCUUUGCUGUAAAGUGGUUGAUGUGCCUAAGUUACAGAAUCUCAAGAUAGAAAUUAUAGAAGUUUUGUGUUACUUGGAACAAUUUUUCCCGCCUUGCUUUUUCGACAUAAUGGUCCACCUAACAGUGCAUUUGGUGAGAGAAGUAAAGUUAUGUGGACCUGUGUACUUGAGAUGGAUGUACCCAUUCGAACGAUACAUGAAAAUCUUGAAGGGUUAUGUCAGAAAUAGAAGUAGGCCUGAGGGUUGUAUUGUUGAAUCAUACAUCGUUGAAGAGACGAUUGAAUUUGCUCAGACUACUUGUCAGAGGUUACCACUGUUGGCUCUCGCUCUACUCGGGUCGAUAGGGAAAUAAGCAGAGGGGGUAGGGGUUUUUCUGUUUGUGGUGUGAGUCGAGCUGAUUGUGAAGAAGCGCACCGGCUUGUGUUGCAAAAUACUGAUGUUGUCCAACCGUACAUUGAGUAAGUUUAAGUUAAUUUUUCAUUGUUAAAACAUAUUAAUAAUAUCAAUUCAAACUAAAACAAAUCCAUUGAACACUUGAAGGGAACAUUUUAAUUGGAUCAAGACUACUAAUCCGACUAAGGCACGAAAUCAAAAAUGGGUACAAGAUGAACAUUAUCGAAAUUUCAGUACAUGGUUAAAAACAAGGUACUAUUAACAUUAAUGUUUUGUUACGCAUCAUAUGUUGAUUUACCUUGACUCACUAAUCAACUUGUUAUGUUCAUAGGUAUAUGCAGAAAUGUGUGAAUCUCCGUGUAGUGUGUCCAACACACUACUUUGCAUAUCACGAGGUCCUUCGUGUGAUGUACUCAAGUUCCCAUCGUACUAUAUAAAUAGUACUCAAUUUUGCACCCAAGCCCGUGAUAAAUCUAGAAAAACUCAAAAUAACGGUGUCAUGAUUGUUGCUAAGGCUUUCCAAAUAUCUAGUUCAAAAGACAAAAACCCUAUUGAAUGUGACAUGUCUUUUUACGGUGUAAUUCAAGAAAUUUGGGAAUUAGAUUACAGUAGUUUUCGAAUCCCUGUUUUUCUUUGUGAUUGGGUUAGGAGUGAUAAUGGGGUCAAAGACGAUGAAUUUGGAUUCAAGUUGGUGGACUUGAAUCGAAUCGGACACAAGUCCGAUAGGUUUAUAAUGGCGUCCCAAGCAAGUCAAGUGUUUUACAUGAGUGAUCCAUUAGAUGCACGCUGGUCAGUUGUCUUGACGACACAACCAAAAGAUUAUGAUAAUCAAGAGUCUAAUGGCGAUGAUCUCAUGCUUAGUGACCAAAUUCAUCAAAUCACCCCACCACCUGUUGAUGUCACCGUUGGGGACGAUAUCAUAUCAUCUCGUGAUGAUGGUGAAGGAUUAUGGUUGAACGAAUCUAUCAACACAUGAUUCAUAUAUCAAACACGUAUUGGUAUUUAGUCUUUUUCAUAUAUUUACAUUUAGCUAUUAUUUUGACUAUUCUUGUAUAUUCUAAUGUAUGAUUUUAAAUUUGUGUAGGCUUUAUAUCAUGGAACGAGGUGGGGAUGAUGAGUGGAGUGCAUGGUUGGAUUAUGAUGGUGAUGAUGGUCCAUCCUUGCCAGAAGGAUCUAGUGUUGAUCCUGAACAGCCAUCCGUGGAAGAAGGUAGUGGUGAUCCUGAAGAACAAACACAGAAAAAUACUCGCGGGAGAAGCAAACGAAAUGAUAUAACAAAAAUAGUUAGCGAGGGAAAAAAGAUGGAGAUUGAGUACAAUCACUACGGACAACACUGGGGAACGGGAGGGACGGCAAAAGUUACCCGAAUUGGAGCAUGGUUGCGAACUAAUAUUCCACUUAGAGACAUUACGUGGCCUAAAGGGAGCCAGGACCUUAAAAACCAAUUAUGGGAACACAUAAAGGUCGCGUUUGAUGUACCAGACACAGAUAAGAGGAUGACAAUUGCUAAAGGUGGAGAUAGGUGGAAAGAUUGGAAAAGUACCCUAACAGAAGGUAUUUUUACAUUCAAAGAUGUCGCUCCCCAUCUUCUCGAGAAGCCCCCAAACUUUAUGAAAAAAUAAUUAAUUUGCAAGAAUGGAGAGAGUUUGUGGACUCGAGAUUAAGUCCAGAAUUUGGUGUGAAGAGGAAGAGGGCCUAAGAGAGUAGGGCUUGUAAUCUUUAUCCCCAUCGCACUGGACGAGGUGGUGUAAGGAUGAUUCAAGAACAGAUGGAGAAAGAGGUCGGCCACCAAAUUACUGAAUUUGAUAGAUCUGAAAUUUGGAAAAGAUCUCGCACUAAGUCUAAUGGCGAGGUGGAGGGCCCAACUGCAGAAGUCGUUAAACGGAUUGAUGAAUUACGCAAGCAAGGGGCAGAGGGUCUUGUACAAGUGGAAGGUAAAAGAGACGUGCUGACCAUGGCGCUCGGGACAGAUGAGCAUGGUGGUCGGGUUCGAGCCAUGGGUUUCGGCGUCACCCAAACCCAAUAUUUCAACACACCACGCCCUAAAAGGAAAAAUGUCGAUGGGUCGAACCAGGCAUCAUCUGAAUUGGAGAGACGCGUGCGUGAGACAGAGGAACGCAACAGAAAGUUGGAGGAUAAAGUGGAUGAGCUCAUUCGUCUUAUUAGUUCCCAGCAUAGCAGCGUUGCAUCUGGUUCCGGUGUUGGAGGAGCAUCAACUGAACCACCGAACGUUGACAUUGCCUCCGAACCAGUAGCACGACCGUCGAGUGCUGCCAAUGUCUAUUCUGCACCAGAUCCCAUAGCACAACCGUCAGGUGAUGCCAAUGUCUACUCUGCACCAGAUCCCAUAGCACAACCGUCGGGUACUGCUAAUGUCUACUCUCCAUCACUCCCGCGUUUUCGAGAGGAAAUUGCUCCAGCAGCAGCACCGCCACCUACUGGUGGUAGUUCGGAAGAGGUAAUCUUAAUUUGUUCCUUGUUUGUUUUGGAUUUAUAG